AAUCCCGAGCGCAUUCGACCGGAGCUGUACUUUGGGUUCAUCCAUCCCAUUUCCUGGACGAAGAUCCUGAGGGAGGGCCGAUGAAGCAGGCAUGGGAAAGUUCUCCCCACUUUUUCCGAUUACAUCGAUUCUUUUUAAGGAGGGCAAACACAAGCCCACUCGGUCUGCAGCCCGCUAUACUGCGAGGAGCGGAGACAGACACACAAAGUACACUGAGAACACAGUACGUCAAUAAGGAGACAACCCCCCCCCCCACACUUCACGAGAGAGAAAGGAGCAGAGGAUGUCCAGAGCUGACUGGUCCUUUCUUGAGCACCUGCUGGAGGAGGGCCAGGAGUAUUCGACAGGUGUUGGCCGCGUCUGGCUUACCGUGCUCUUCCUGUUUCGCAUGCUGAUACUGGGAGCCGCCGCCGAAUCUGCCUGGGAUGACGAGCAAGCGGACUUUGUCUGCAACACGCGACAACCCGGCUGCACUGCCGUGUGCUACGACAAAGCCUUCCCCAUCUCCCACUUUCGCUACUUUGUCCUCCAAGUCAUCUUCGUCUCUACGCCGACGAUCUUCUACUUUGGAUAUGUGGCUUUAAAGGCUGGAAAGGACAAGAAAAAAGAGGAGGAUGAGAAGGAGGCGGAACAAGGUGUUAGUGGAGGUAAGAGGGAAGGAAUAAGGGACAAUAACAAUGUGACUAAAGACAAUGCAGAAGAGAAGGAGAAACAAGAGGGCGGUGGUAAAGGUAGAAAAGCUGACAAGGCUCCUCUUGAGGCUCCUAAACUGAAGGGCAGGUUGCUGUGUGCGUAUGCAGUCAGCAUCCUGUUAAAAGUCCUGCUAGAAGUCGGCUUCAUCCUAGGGCUGUGGUUCCUAUACGAUGGCUUCAUCAUCGCAGCAAAGUUUGAGUGCACGGUUUUCCCUUGUCCCCAUACCGUGGACUGCUUUGUCUCUCGACCUACGGAGAAGACAAUCUUCACCAUCUACACUCAGGCGAUCGCUGCCAUCUCCCUGCUCCUCAACCUCGUCGAGCUGCUCCACCUCCUUCAGCUUGCCAUCUCCCAUCGGCUGGAGAAACGCUACCGUGCCCAGCAACGCGACUACCUACCUCGGUCAGAGCAGGUACCGGCCCAACAGGAGGAUCCAGAACUCCAACCGGAUGCGUCGCAGUCUUACAAAGCAGGGAGCCACGUUAACCUCCCUGUGCAGGGUGAAGCCGCAUGCUACCCCAACCCCUGUGAGAGCUACGGGGAUCUGGCAAUAGAAGUGAACUGGGGACCCGUGGAGGCCGGGAGUGACCUGCUUCCCAGUUAUGUGAACUGCAUGGGGGCUAUGAAGACAACACAUUCCCCUAGAGUCCAUUAUAAGAAACACCCACAGCACACUGGGAAGAACACAAACGUUACCCAUAAGGGACACUCAAAGCAGAAGCAUUAUGUAUGAUGCAGUCAGAUGUGGUGAUGUGCUUGAGACCAUGAGAGCUUUGUUUGGUUUUGGAGUCUUUCAGUUUUUUCAGCCUAUCCUGCACAUGAGACUUGACUGUCGGGAGUGCACAGUGAGAGCUCAAACAACUACUGCACUGUGAAUUUGAUGCCUACGAGGCCGGGAGACAGAGAUUCACCAGAUAAACAGACUUUUUUUUAAAACACUCCCCAAGGCAAAGAAAAUGAGACUCCACAAUAAGAGACGAUGGCAGUCAUAAGAUGCGUUGAUGUCACAUUGUAUGGCUUUUAGGGCUGAAUGUGACAGUGAGA